GUGUUUGUGGCUGGUGCUACGGGGCGGCUGGGGGCGCGCAUCGUGCGGCAGCUGCUGCUGGAGUCGCCGCAGCUGCGUGUACGGGCCGGGGUGCGCGACCCGGAAAAGGCCGCGGAAUACCUACGGACAGCGGUCGACUACGGGCUGCUGCCGGCCGACGCCGCACGCCGCGUUACGCUCGUGCCGGUCGACCUGACUAAGCCCGACACCAUCGCACCUGCCAUCGGAAACGCUGCCAAGGUGGUGCAGGCGAUCGGCGCGCCCGAGAGCGAGCCCUUCAAUUUCAGCAACCCCAAGAACAUCGACGGAGAUGGCGCCAUUGCCCUCGUGGAAGCUGCCAAGCAGCUGGAAGUCGACCAGUUUGUCAUGGUCACCUCGCUGGGCACCGCCAAGAUCGGCUUCCCCGCAGCGGUGUUGAAUCUGUUCGGGGGCAUCCUGAUCCAGAAGAGGCGCGCUGAGGUGGCGCUUGAGGGCAGCGGCCUGAAUUACGUGAUUGUGCGUCCCGGGGGUAUGGAACGCCCCACGGAUCAGUACAAGGCCACCCACAACGUCACCCUCGCCCCCAAGGACACCCUCUUCGGCGGCCAGGUGUCGCGCCUGCAGGUGGCUGAGCUGGUGGCAGCAGCUGUCGCCAACCCAGAGCUGGCCGAGAACAAGGUGUUGGAGGUGGUAGCAGAGGAGACGAAGCCGCUGAGAAGCUACGAGGAUCUGCUGACGGACGCGCCAAGCGACGGCAGCCAGGCCGAGAAGCUGGAGAGAAUCCGCACGCAGCAGGAAGCCGCCGAGCAGCUGGAAGCCGCCCGCCAACGGGUCAGAGCCCCUUUGUUCCCUCAAUUCUGCAGCACGCAGACUGCCUUGGCACUAGUGUUUGUGUCCAAAAAGCUCGCGUAA